AGGCCGCCAUUAACCGCCGUGCACCGCCGUCAUCGUCGCCGAGGCAUCGCCUUCGGGUUCUUGAAAUUUGAAAACCAUGAAAUUGCUCUCGUCGUUUGUUUCGCCGCCGGCGACCGGGAUUGCUCAGUCCGUACGGGGUUGCCGCAGGCCGGGCGUCAAGUGGGCCCGCCGGGCGUCCGUGUCCGCCGCCUUUGGCGUGGCGGAGAGAGAGAAGGAGAAGGUGGUGGUGGUUUUGGGCGCAACCGGGUCCGGGAAAUCCAGGGCGUCGAUAGACCUCGCCACCAGGUACUUCACAUCGGCGGAGGUGAUCAACUCCGAUAAGAUUCAGGUGUACCGCGGCUUGGAUAUUACCACCAAUAAAAUGGCAAUGCAGGACCGCCGCGGCGUCCGCCACCACCUCCUCGACGAGUUCGACCCCUCCGAGUCGCACCCGGAGUUCUCUCCGUCGGAUUUCCGCGCUGUCGCCGGCGAAAGGAUCUCCGACAUUAUAAGCCGUGGAAAAACCCCGUUCGUCGUCGGCGGGUCAAACUCCUUCGUCUACGCUCUGCUGGCGAAGCGGUUCGACCCGGAUUCUGACGUGUUCGGCGAGUCUAACCCGGUUGACUCGGUCUGCCGGGAACUUCGCUACGACUGUUGCUUCCUCUGGGUGGACGUAUCGCCGCCGGUACUGAACCAAUACCUCGACCGGCGUGUCGACGAGAUGAUGGACUCCGGCAUGCUGGAGGAGCUCUCCCGGUGGUACUCCGAUCCGGGAAACCCGAAACCCCGAACGGGACUGGCGAAGGCGAUCGGCGUUCCCGAGUUCGCCGCCUAUUUCCAGCACUCCGGCGACGAGGAAACACAGCGGCGGCUGUACGCCGCGGCGGUGGGGGAAAUCAAAGCCAACACCCGGGUGCUGGCGGCGAGGCAACAGUGGAAGAUCCAACGGCUCAGAGAGAGAUGCGGGUGGGACCUACACAGGAUAAACUCCAGUGCGGCUUUCGCGGCGGCGAUGGGUUCUGAAUCGAAGUCGGAAACCGCCGAGAUUUGGGAGAAACAGGUGGUGCAACCAAGCAUGAAGAUUGUGGAGAAAUUCUUGUUGGAGGAGAAGAAAAGCUGGGUAUGGAAGCAUGGAGGGGAGAAGAAGAAGGAGGAGAGGUGUUUGCAUUUUGCAUAAUCAGUGGGCAAAUCAAUUUUGAUGGGAGUUUUGGCAUUUUGGUCCAACAAAAGUUCUAAAGAGUGUACAAAUAAAAUACAAAUACACCUUUUGCCUCUCUUUUUUUUCUCUCUUUUUUUAAAGGAUGGUUUAUCCUCUUUUUGUUUUGCCUCUAAACUAUAAAGAAUGUAGCCAAUGUAGGCCAUCUUUAUGAAAAAUACUAAAAAGACUAAUAGUAUAAAAUAAUACCCUCUCAUAUCUAUUUCUUACUAGUCUCUUUUAGCAUGUUUGGUAGGAUAUAAAGAGAAACAAUCAAAGGGUGCCUUUUUUUGUGAAUAUUGGGUGAAGUUUAGCCGUUGAGCGUAAAUGAAAUGUCCUGAUAUCU